AUUAUAUUCCAAGAUGGCGCCGACAACGGGUGAAAAUGGAGUCGCCAAAGAACACGCUGCCGCUGUAACAAGGAACUAUAUUUCACAGCCAAGAUUGACGUACAAAACAGUUUCAGGAGUAAAUGGUCCUUUAGUGAUCUUGGAUGAUGUGAAGUUUCCAAAGUUUGCCGAGAUUGUUACUUUAACUUUACAAGAUGGCUCACAAAGAAGUGGUCAGGUCCUGGAAGUCAGUGGAUCCAAAGCAGUGGUGCAGGUAUUUGAAGGAACUUCUGGUAUUGAUGCUAAGCAUACGACAUGUGAAUUUACUGGAGAUAUUUUACGGACUCCUGUGUCAUCAGAUAUGUUGGGGCGUGUCUUCAAUGGGUCAGGAAAGGCAAUUGAUAGAGGACCUGCCGUCAUGGCAGAAGAUUUUUUGGACAUUCAAGGUCAACCAAUUAACCCAUGGUCCAGAAUUUACCCUGAAGAAAUGAUUCAAACUGGGAUCUCUGCUAUUGAUACAAUGAACAGCAUUGCUCGUGGUCAAAAGAUCCCCAUAUUUUCUGCUGCAGGUUUGCCUCACAAUGAUAUUGCAGCUCAGAUUUGUCGGCAAGCGGGUUUGGUAAAAUUUAAGAAAGGAGUGAUGGAUGACCACAGUGACAACUUUGCCAUUGUUUUUGCUGCUAUGGGUGUCAACAUGGAAACUGCACGUUUCUUCAAGCAGGACUUUGAAGAAAAUGGUUCCAUGGAGAAUGUGUGUUUGUUCCUUAAUCUUGCCAAUGAUCCAACUAUUGAGCGUAUCAUCACACCUCGCUUAGCACUGACAACAGCGGAGUUCCUGGCCUAUCAGUGUGAGAACCAUGUCCUGGUUAUUCUUACAGACAUGAGUUCUUAUGCCGAGGCUUUGCGAGAGGUUUCUGCUGCCCGUGAAGAGGUUCCUGGUCGUCGUGGUUUUCCAGGAUACAUGUACACUGAUUUGGCCACGAUUUAUGAGCGCGCAGGACGUGUGGAAGGAAGAAAUGGCUCCAUCACACAGAUUCCCAUUUUGACUAUGCCUAAUGAUGGCUGGUUGCAUGCAUUUACAUUGCAAUAUGUAAGUUUUCUUUUGACCUUGCAUUGGGGCUAUUUCUCUUUCCAGGUGUAUCCUCCGAUAAACGUGCUGCCGUCGUUGUCAAGGUUGAUGAAGUCUGCCAUUGGUGAAGGCAUGACAAGAAAAGAUCAUGCAGAUGUUUCUAACCAACUGUAUGCUAACUAUGCCAUCGGCAAAGACGUGCAAGCCAUGAAGGCUGUUGUGGGUGAAGAGGCUCUUACAUCUGAGGACCUGCUGUAUCUAGAAUUCCUGUCCAAGUUUGAAAAGAAUUUCAUUACACAAGGAACAUACGAAAAUAGGUCUGUAUUUGAUUCUUUGGACAUUGGAUGGUCGCUGCUGCGUAUCUUCCCCAAAGAGAUGUUGAAGCGAAUUCCGCAGUCCAUCUUGGCCGAGUACUACCCCAGAGACGGGAGGGGUGGAUCUGAUUAGGUUGAAUUACAUUAAGCAAAAACUACUAUAAAAAUUAAUACAGUGCUUUUUUGAAAAUGAUGUUGUGAGGGACGGUUUUGAUUUAUUUUGGAAAGUUGAUGCCUCAUUGGUGCAUAAAUUGGGUCAAUAUAAAAAUGGAAAAGGACUUGCAUUGUGUGAAAGGUCGACAAAAACGGUGUUCCUUCGCGUAAUUGACCUUAUGAUCAAGAAAUCAAUAAUUGUAAGAAGCUCUACGGAAAAUGUCAACAUAAUAUGGCAUAAAAUCAUCAGUUUCGUUUAAUGUAUCUUCAGGUGAAGUGACUAGAAUAUCGCUGUGCAAAUCACAGCGGGCGUCUAAAUUUUGGUGUGAGCAGUUAUCAGAUCAGUAGAAUUAGAAUAACUUCUCUUGUAUGUAAUUAAAGGAUGAAAUCUAUGUGACUGAUCAUCCUUGUAAAAUACUUCAUCUAAUUAUCAUAAUAAACUUGAACAGUGA